GCGGGAGAUGCGCCCCUUCGGGGUGCAGGUUUCCAUCAUCGAACCUGGCGGCUUCCGCACUGGGGUGGUCGAGCCCAAACACCAUCUGAAGAGCUUAAAGCAGGGCUUCAUCCUGCUGCACCAGCUGAGCAGCAGCCAGCUCUCCCACGUCACUACCACCAUGGCACACGCGCUGCUCGCCCGCCACCCGCACAGCCGGUACACGCCUGGCUGGGACGCCCUCCUCUUUGUGCUGCCGUUAAGCUACUUCCCGGCCUGGCUCUCCGACGCCGUUAUCAACCUCUUCCUGCCUGGCCCGCCCGGGAGGACUCCAGCACGGCUCUGA